AUGGCGCCGGCGGGGCAGAGUUGUGAGUCAUGGCUGACGCAGGCCGACGCGCGUGUCUAUCAACGAGACUUCCAGCGACAGCCCAUCACGGUGAUGGAGGGCUACGGUCAGGACACCGAGCUGGCAGGCUGCGCGGUGCCCUGCAAGAUGGUGGGCGGCGGCCCCGGGCAGCCGGCAGAGGGGACGCCGUUGUAUGACGCGCAUUUCGGGCCGGCCGCCGGUGCCGCGCCGGGCACGGGCCUUUCAGUGGUGCGCAACAUGGAGAGCAUGUCUAAUUACCCGGGGCUGGCGGUGGAGCGCGCGCGUUAUGACGGCUAUGACAUCGUCAUGACCACCCGCCUGGACUCCGACGUCCCCGCCAGCUACUUGUCAUGGGCAGAGUACCUGGUGAUGAAGCCGCUGGUGCCUAAGGAGGCGGACGUGGUGGCCUUCAUCUCCAACUGCGGCGCCAAGAGCUUCCGGCUGCAGGCGCUGGAGGCACUCAGCGCCAACUUUACAGUGCACUCCUACGGCCGCUGCCUGCACAACGUGGACACCAGGGACCCCAAGGCUGACGUGCUGCGACGCUAUAAAUUCACCCUCGCAUUUGAAAACUCGCAGGAGCUGGAUUAUAUCACGGAGAAGUACAUUCAGGCGCUGGAGGCGGGCAGCGUGCCCAUUGUGAUAGGCGCCACGAAUAUCGCGGACUACGAGGUGGCGCCCAACAGUAUGCUGGUGCUGGAGAGCAUGGAGGACAUCCCGGCAGUGGCCGCGCGCAUGCAGCAGUUGCUGCGCAACAAAACGGCGUACGAUGAGAUGCUGGCAUGGAAGGAGAUUGGGCCCCAGGACAAGUUCUUGGCGCUGCUGGAUUUGAGUGUGGUACACUCCAGCUGCAGCCUCUGCAUCCAACUGGCCACGCGCAUCCGCACGGCCGAGGAAGCCGCACAGCAGCUGCAGCGGCAGCCGCCGUGCAGCUGCCGGCGCGCCCCCGGCGGGGCCGUGGUGCACCACUUGCUGGUGAGGGAGAGGGGCCGGUUCGAGAGCAGAGAUGUGUUUCUGGAUGGCGGCAAUCUCACAGUGGCUGGCCUGCAUGCGGCGAUCAAUCAGGCAUUCGGCAGGGCGGGGCAAGUGCCCAUCUGGCAGUCCCACCGACCGGACUUCAAGGGCGGGGCCCGGGAAAUUGGAAAGUUUAAUACGCUGAUAAAGCUGCGCAUCUACCGGGUGUAUCAGGUUGGGCAGACACAGAGGGCUGCGUUGUAUGGAGAGGCGUCCCUAGACACUGACCUGAAGGUUGCUGGAAUUGUCAGCGGCAAUCCAUGCGCCAAGUUGGAGGUUGUUUUUGUUUGA